AUGGAACCAUUGAAUAGAAAAGAUGGCCAGCCAGAAGAACAAAGCAAGGCAGAAGCACCCCUGAAAAGUGUUGAAGGGUCUCCAUACCAUCGCUGGGUGACCUGGUGGAAUGGGAUGACAACGGGCGGAAAUCUGUAUCUCUUUAUCCUCUCACUGUCCUUGGUUUUCUUCUUUAUGUUUUGGUGUGGUGGAUGUGAGACAAUCCCAGCAGUUCAGGAUAUUUUGGCUGUCUUCUCCAACCUUGUUCAUCCAUCACAACAGCUGGAUUCAAAUUCUAACAAGAAUCUGAUCAGGGAUGAAGGCAUCACAGUGUCUUACCUCCUGCUGUCUCUGUUCUCCCUUGGCUUGCUACUCAUAGCAACGUUGGUUUGGCGUCUUGUGAAAGCUCCUCCAGACCCCUCAUUUCCCCUCCAAGAAGACAGGCGACAGUCUGUAAGCCGUCAACCAUCGUUCACUUAUUCUGAAUGGACAGAAGACAAAAACGAUGAUGACUUCCUUGAUUUAGAUCUUGUACCAGAGUCACCAGUUUUUGACUGUGUGAUGGAUAUGAAAGCAGAAACGGAUCCAGUAACUCUUACAGUUAAAUCUGUAGGGCUGCAGGAAAGGCGAGGUUCAAAUGUUUCACUCACGUUGGACAUGUGUACUCCUGGCUGUACUGAACAAGGGUUUGGCUAUAUCAUGUCUCCCAAGGAAGAGGUAGCUCAAGAAUACCUCCAGACAGCAUCAAACAUUCUCACAGAAGAGGAGCUGCACCAGAAAGCUUUAGAUUCUUUUGUCCUCCAGACAGAAUUUUUUGAAAUCCCAAUGAAUUUUAUUGAUCCAAAGGAAUAUGACAUUCCAGGUUUAGUCCGAAAGAAUCGUUACAAAACAAUUCUCCCAAAUCGUCACAGCAGAGUGUGCCUUACCUCAGAUGAUCAAGACGAUCCCCUCAGCUCUUACAUUAAUGCUAAUUACAUCAGGGGCUAUAGAGGAGAAGAAAAGGUGUACAUUGCUACUCAGGGACCCAUAGUUAAUACUGUCAGUGAUUUCUGGAGAAUGGUAUGGCAGGAGCAUUCUCCAAUCAUUGUCAUGAUUACCAAUAUAGAAGAGAUGAAUGAGAAAUGUACAGAGUACUGGCCAGAAGAGCAAAUUACCUAUGAAGGAAUUGAAAUUACAGUUAACAGAAUCAUACAAGCAGAUGAUUAUCGGUUAAGGCUUAUUACCCUAAAGAAUGGUGAAGAAACAAGAAAUCUGAAACACUACUGGUAUACAUCUUGGCCAGACCAGAAGACCCCUGAUCAAGCACCAGCCCUGCUCCAGCUGGUUCAAGAAGUGGAAGAAGCCAUGAAUCGUGCAGAAGAAAAGAAUGCGCCAAUCAUUGUUCAUUGCAGUGCAGGGAUUGGGAGAACAGGCUGUUUUAUUGCUACCAGCAUUUGUUGCAAACAGUGGAAAAAUGAGGGCGCGGUUGACAUACUCAGAACAACAUGCCAGCUACGGUUAGACAGGGGAGGAAUGAUCCAGACUUCUGAACAAUAUCAGUUUGUCCAUCAUGUCAUGAGCUUGUAUGAAAAGCAAUUCAUUAGAGCAUCAGCAGAAGAAUGA